GCAAACAACAGGAAGCGGAAGCGAGUUAUCAGGAGAUGGUCCUCGUGGCCCUGGGAGUCGUCGUGGUCCGCGAGGACGUCGUCCGGCGGCCCACCAAGCACCAGCGGGACUAGACGAGAAAUCGUCUCCGAUAUGGACGGUGUUUUACAGCAGUUUAGCGCUAGACGUUCCCGGCUCGCCGCCUUCUUCCAACGACAUCCGGCACCCGCAGGAAGCCCGGUACCGUGCGUUCUGGAAGGAACUCUUCCCCAUCUCUGA